ACCCAUGCCCCCCUCUUUUCUUUUAUCACCAACGGCUCUGAACUCACGUGACCAAUCCAUUUCAUUUUCGUUUUUUUUUAUUUGUAGUCCCUGCCUCGCUUGGCCAACUGCUAUUGCUUGCCUAACCUUCACACUUUCUCAAACAACAAGCUUCUCGUCUCCGGCGCGUCAUGACCCUGACCCGCUCUAUCCAAUACCCCAACCCAGAACCCGAAGUUCAAACCCGAAAACCCGGCCGAGCGACCGCCAUGCGCCUCAUAGUACCUCUCCAAGGCGUGGUCCAAGGAAGAGGAGGCCUAAUCUUCGGCUCUCUUAUCCCAUGCGCUCUCUUCUACUUCCUCCAACUUUACCUCAAACGGCACCGUUCUUCCAACUCUCGGUCCAAUCCCCCUUCUCCCUCCACAUCGUCGCCGAACCUGGCGGAGAUUACAAGAACCUCUUCGCGCUCCAAUUUGUUGUCACGCGGCUUGAUUGGUCCGGUUCGGAUAUCUUCCCGGGCCAUGUCCAUUGCAAAGCCGAACGACUCGCCGUAUUAUAUCGGGUUGGAUAAGGCCUCGGAGGAUCCGUAUGACAGAAUAAGUAACCCGGAUGGGGUUAUCCAGCUCGGCUUGUUAGAGAAUAGGUUGUGUUUUGAUUUAAUUGCGAAAUGGAUGUCGGAGAACUUGAGCGAUUCGAUGAUGGGAAGAGAGGGUGGUGAUUUGAGCAUUAGCGGGAUUACCACUUACCAGCCUGUAGACGGAACAAUGGAACUCAAACUGGCUAUGGCAGGUUUUAUGUCUCGUGUUAUGGGAGGAACUGUCUCAUUUGAACCAUCGCAGAUGGUUUUAACUGCUGGUGCAACUCCAGCAAUUGAGACAUUAUGCUUCUGCUUGGCGGAUCAUGGGAACGCAUUUCUUGUUCCCACACCUUAUUAUCCUGGUGUUUGCAGUUUUGAUAGGGAUGUGAAAUGGCGAACAGGAGUGGAGCUAAUACCUGUCCAUUGUCGCAGCACUGACAAUUUCAUAUUAAGUAUCACUGCACUUGAUCAAGCAUUCAACCAGACAAGAAAAAGAGGAACAAAAAUUCGGGGAAUUCUCCUUUCAAACCCUGCUAAUCCGGUUGGCAAUCUACUUUCUCGGGAGAUGCUUUACAAUCUCUUGGACUUUGCUCGAGAAAAGAACAUCCAUAUCAUAUCAGAUGAAAUAUUUGCAGGUACCAUGUAUGGGAAUGAAGAGUUUGUCAGCAUGGCUGAAGUUCUUGAUUCAGAGAAUUUUGAUAAAAACAGGGUUCAUAUAGUUUAUGGGCUAUCAAAGGACCUCUCUCUUCCAGGAUUUAGGGUCGGAAUGAUCUAUUCAUUUAAUGAGAAUGUUUUGGCUGCUGCUAGAAAGCUAACUAGGUUUUCUUCUAUUUCUGCUCUGACUCAAAGGUUAGUAGUUUCAAUGCUUUUGGAUACAAGAUUCAUUGAGGAAUAUAUUGAGACCAAUAAAAAGAGGGUACAAAAUAUGCGUGAUUUAUUUGUGGCUGGUCUGAAAACAUUAGGUAUUAGAUGUGCAGAUAGCAGUGCUGGCUUUUGUUGUUGGGCUGAUAUGAGCAAAUUAAUCCCCACUUAUAGUGAGAAAGGGGAACUUGAGCUAUGGGAUAAGCUAUUGAAUGUGGCUAAGAUCAAUGUAACUCCUGGUUCAGCUUGCCACUGCAUAGAACCAGGAUGGUUUCGGUGUUGUUUUACAACGUUAGCUCAGGAGGAUAUUCCUGUAGUUAUGGAACGGAUUCGAAAAGUUGCUGAUACCAGUACAUUAUGCAGUUGAAAAUACUAUAAAUCUUUUAAAUUUAAGGUGAUUGCUUUGAUCACUGGUAGGAUUUCUCUGUCAUGGAUAUUCCUCCUGUGGCUAAACAGGAGGACAUGCGCAUGCACAAUUUCUAAGUUGGACCUUCAACAUAGAUGACUCCGUUGAAGUUAUUGCAGCUUUAAUUAUAACAUUGUUACAAUCCAGGCUUGUCAAAUCAUUUACAUCCUAAUUUUCUGAAGUAAGACUAAAUGAUUUCGAAGCUUCUUGAUGUACUGCUUUUAGGGUGGCCUUGAACAGUAAAGCCAAUUGGCCCUCUUGGCCUCUUCUACAAGAAUUUCAGUCUUGGUUGGCACUUCUUCAAUUGCAAUCCUUUUUUAUGCCAGUUCCAAAGAUGCGGCAUU